UCAAAAAGUAGAACUAUGUCAUUCUAUUCUAUAAUUAUUCCAAUCGUCGAACUCAUUCAUUGGAGCUUUAACAAGUCCGAUAAGUUGAUUUCGCUAACAAGACCUUAAACUUGACUCGUCGUGCUGGUUCGACGAUCGUCGCAGGAUCUCCGAAAGCAUUCAAAAUUUCACGACUAGAGAAACGUUGUCGUCGCGCGACGCGAGAGAGAAAGAGAGAUAGAGAGAAAUAAAUUGCUAAUACGAUGGAUACAAUAGAUAUGAGAAAAGACCGUCGAUCGACGAUAGAUGUUUUUGAGAAGGACGUACCGCGAUCGGAUGAAUUACCGAUCGCGGUGAUCCAUAGGGCGGGAAUCGGCGAGCUUUUGGCGGGACAAGCGAUGGCCUGGUGUCGUUACUGGCUGCAAACAUUUUCCAUAAGAAUGACGUUGAACAACGUCGGAUUGUUGACGGUGUUCCUGGCGAUAGUGUCGCCGCGAUCCCUCAUUUAUAGGCUCGUUUAUCCGAUUUUCAGAUUGGUCUUCGGCACCUUGUACCCGGCAUAUGCUUCCUAUAAGGCGGUGCGCACGAAAAAUGUCAAGGAAUAC